ACAUAGUACUGCCUGAGAUAUUUCGGUGGCGUAGAAGCCAAAGGAAAGAAAUUGUCCAUAGCAAACAAGGUAAACCAGUUGUGUGGACUAAUAAUUAACUAAUCCCAUCACUACUAUAAUGUGAAUCUCACUAUGUUCCAACUGCUUACUUCAAGCAUUGGUGAUACAUUCGAUUUGAUGUUCUAAAGCUUGAUUUUGUCCUUGCUUAAUUAACCCCAUCCCCUUAUUAAACCAAUUUAAAUUUUUUAAAUAUUGCUUCAAUUUCAUCCCCAUCCAUCUCCCUAUCCAUCCAUCUCUCUAUCUAUCUUAAAUGUCAGUGACAGUACCAUGGCUGCAGAGAUUGGCCUAGUCUCCAUGACCCAGAUCCAAAACCUAUCGCAACCCCAACACCCCAAAACCCAACAACAACAACAACCUCAACCAAAAAACCCUAACAGCACCACCACCACCUCCUCUUCUACUUGGAUGUGGAACCCUAGGAAGCAACAACAUCAGCAGCAGCAGGUAGAAGAUGAUGAUGACUCUUGGGAGGUCAGAGCUUUUGCAGAAGACACAAGGAACAUCAUGGGCACCACAUGGCCUCCUAGGUCCUACACCUGCACCUUCUGCAGAAGGGAGUUUCGCUCCGCCCAAGCCCUCGGCGGCCACAUGAACGUCCACCGCCGCGACCGCGCUCGCCUCCACCAAGCUCCAGUACCCUCCUCCUCCUCCAACCCCAUGACCUCUUCUCUUCCCACUUCACCCUUCAUCAAUAUCCCUCCUCAAGACCUUGUUGCAAAUGCUGGCUUGUGCCUCCUCUACCACUUGCCCAAAAGCCCUAGUAGUACUGCACCACCCUUCCCACCUUCCCCCACUACUCCUUCUCCUUCCACUCUUCUCUCUAUCUCUUCUUAUCCUACAACCAACUUUCUGAUGCAAACUUCCUUUAAUUUUCCCGGUGCACCCGCAACUGGGAUCAAUACUACUACUACUACUACUGUUUCCUCUUUGUGCUAUAACUCUAGCAAAGUGGAACAAUCCGCAACUUCCUCCUCUAUUGAUCAUAAUGGCCACCUCGAAGAGCUUGAUCUAGAGCUCCGCCUAGGCCACAAACCAACACCAACCUCAUAAAGCUUGCCUGAGAAGCUCAUCAGAAAUAUAUCAAAUAUAUAUUAUAUAGUGUGAACCAUAUAUAUAUAUAUAUAUAUAUAUAUAUAUAUAGUACUGCUGGUAGUAGCUUCUGAGAAAAAUUAAAGUCCGACAAUAUUAUUGUUUUGCUCUCUUUUUAACUGCAGCGAUGUGUGGAAGACAGGAAGAGAUAUGGAGAGUGUUGUUAUUUGUAGAUGUUUGUUAUACCAUUACCAUGUCCACCUUUUGGUAUAGCUGAUAGGCUUGUGGGUUUUGUUUUGGGUUUAAUUUUGUUAUUUUUCUUGGUGGAUUGAUUUUUAUCUGUGUGAAUGUUUUGUGACUGAAGGUGCACAUGGAGAUGGAGGGAGGAGCAAGCAGGGGGUGGGGAUAGGAAAGAAGGAGAGAGGUACCACAUGUAAAUUUUUCAAACAAAAAGAAAAAUCAAUUGUAAGUUGGUAUUAAUUUUUGGAGAAAUAUAUUAUCAGUAAUUAUGGGGGGAGAUUAGGGUUUGGAUUUAGACACUGAAAAAGGUUGCAGUGAAGUGUCAUUUUCUAUUUUAGAGUUGUCUAAGUACAUACAUGUCUGUCUGGGCAUACAUUUCCGUGGGGAUUAUUUUCCUCCCUUCACUAAGUAAACCUAGUAAUAUAUUAUUAUCUUCACCGUUCACA